AUGAGUGCACGAGUAAGAUCAAGAUCUAGAGGAAGGGGAGAUGGUCAAGAAUCUUCUGAUACUGCUGAAACUAUGGCUGCCCGGAAACUAGGUGGCAAAAAAUCUCAGCGCAAGGAACCACCGGCUAAGAAUGUAGACAUGGAACCUGGACAGGAGAAAGAAGGAGGAGCGUCUGUGGUUCAAGAACCUGAAUUGGAAGGUUCCCGCCAGGAACUGGAUGUGGAAAAGGUUGAGGGUGAGCUUGGAGAUGGCCCUGAUGUGAAAGGGAAGACUCCACCUAAUGUAGUGCCUGCUGAAAUUCCGGAAGGAGGCUAG